GGAUGCGCGUCAGGGGACCAAGACAGCCAAUCUGCUUGUGCGAGAGAACGAUUGUAACUCACCAGGUUGUGUCUCGAGCUCUUUCUUUCCCACCAACCCUGCAUCUGCUGACUCAGUGCCUUAAAGCUGCUGCUCUCUGUCCACUGGACCACAACUGAAAGACUUGCCUUCAUUCCGAAGUGUUACUGCGCCAACAACAGCAAUGGCUAAAACCGCAGUUGCAUACAAAGAGAAGAUGAAGGAGCUGUCAGUUAUCUCCCUCAUCUGCUCCUGCUUCUACCCUGAAACCCGAAACAAAUUGGUUUGUGAAUUUGAAGACAUGGAGGUGAAGCCCAUUAAUAAGAGAGCCUCAGGCCAAGCCUUCGAGGUGAUCCUGAAGUCACCCUCCCCAGUGUCGGACUCAGCUCACAGCAUCCCCUCCCCCCCCAAAAAGAAGGACGUCUCUCUGGGGGACAUCCAGAAGAAGCUGGAGGCUGCUGAGGACCGAAGGAGAUCCCAGGAGGCACACCUUCUGAAGUCGCUGGCAGAGAAACGCGAGCAUGAGCGGGACGUCCUGCUCAGGGCCAUGGAGGAGAACAACAACUUCAGCAAGAUGGCAGAGGAGAAGCUGGCCAUGAAGAUGGAGCACAUUGAGGAGAACCGCCAGGCUUACCUGGCAGCCAUGAUGGAGCGCCUGCAGGAGAAGGAGAGGCAUGCCGCAGUGGUACGCAGGAACAAGGAGCUACGGGAGGAACUGACAGCGUGAGCCUGGUCAUCACCGCCUCCACCCCCACCCCUGCACCUAGUCCCUCUCCCACUCCUGCUAUUUCAUGGUAAAAUACAAGCCUUUGGUACCCAGAAGGCAGAGGACAGCACUGCCCCCUCCACGCAGUCAGCAUUAAUCAAACCAAAAACAACAAAAAACAUGCUCCUUCAAUGGGAAUGAUUUGCUUGAUUCUAAAGAGAAAAGUAAACUUCAGUAUUGUUUUGUAAAUACUUAUUUUUUGUUAUACAUAUAUAUAUCCGAUGCAACAAGAGCAUUAUUUAAUGAUUUGAUCAUGAGGUUCUAAAAAAACUGCAAGAAUUUCUCUGGUUACAGGCUUUGGUGUUGUGAAUUGGCAGUUAGUUGGCAUUUGAGCUGUAUUUGAUCUGUAUUUGAUUGAACGUGUCUGUUUCUGUGUCAUUGAUGCAAAAGGCUGCUGCACUCAGGCUCCAGGUACAGUAGAUGUAGGCAUCAGGUGUCUGGUUAAGUAUGUACAAAUCGCUCACUCCUCUCUCUUUCUCUCACACACACACAGACACACACACACGCGCGCGCACACACACACACACACACACACACACACAAACAGAAACACACCACACACAAGAUCUCCCCUUCGAACCUCCGGCCAUGCACUGGAUUUCCUUGCUUGUUUAUCAAUCACUAGAGGAAAGUGAUUUCAAGCCAGUGAUGUGUGUCUUGUAUGACUUUCCAAGACCCUCUCUGGCUUUCUGAUUUGUCAGUCAAUAUGGACAUAUUCCUUAGCACCAGUUCAUUGGCAACUGUGUUUGUACUUUUAAACUGCAUAUGCGAUCAGCAUUUAACUGCAAAUAUUCUUAUAUAUAUAUCCCCAGAACACGUGGAUUUGUGUAUGUUCCAUCCUUAGUAUCAGGUCUAUGUAAUUUUACUGUGAAUACAAGGUAAGGUGAGCACAAAGUAAAAAAUUAAGGUGAAUUACAAUAAGCAGUAUUUAAAGCAUUAUUUAUAAAAUGUAGGAUGGAUACCCAACAGCACACCCAUACUCUUUUCCAAUAGCAGUUCUACAGUGCUAUAGUCAAAACAGAACUAAAGUACAGUAUGACGUCUUUGCUUGCGCAAUGUCCUGUUAAACCCUUUAAUUGUACGUAUGUUUGUGUGUAUGUGUGUAUGUUUGUCUGAGGAUCAUGUAUCCUAUAUCUUUGGACACCAAAUGGGGGUUGGUGCAGUGUUGUACCUCCAAUACACUUCAAAACAUACUGUUGAAUUUGUCGAAAGAAUCUGUUUGCCUGCAUCAUCCGCCUCCUGUUUGUGUAUCCCCACCCCCUUUCCCCACCUGUAUAUCUCUGUGAGCAAGCUAUGGUGAAUAAAGGUCUAGGGUUCUGUGAAGGAGAA